AUGGAGUCUUCCGAGCCGUCCUCCGGAGAAUCGUCCGCCCAACACCCAAGCCUCUUGAAUCCUGUAACGACAAAGUCGAAUCUGACCUUUCAUUUGUUCCCACAACUCCCCAAAGAAAUCAGGGAAAUGAUUUGGACGCAGAGUGUCACCUGUGAGCGUUAUAUAGUGGUCGAGCUUCGGGGCAUAGAAGCACAAUCUGGCCAAUUCUGUCUACAAGAAUCACCGCCCGGCGGCCCACCUGUCGAUGAAGAGUACAGAUUAGUACUCGUCAAUCCCCCGAAGCCUAGUGCUAUUUUCGGUACCAGUACCGAAUCUCGUGCAAGCGCUUGUCGAUUCUAUAGGGUGCAUCUUCCUUGCUACCACUUGAGGCGAUCACAAUCACCCGCACCAGGAACGUUUUGGUUCAACCCUGAACUAGACACUCUGGAGAUUGAAGGAUUAGAGAACUUUACAAACUUUGCAAAUGACUUUUGGCGCCAUGACUGCCAAAAGGCAGGACUACGCAAUGUAUGUUUCGAUAUCGACAUUAGUAUCGAGAAUCUCUCCUUUGAUGACUUUUACAAACUUGCUGCUUCCACCGACCAGUUUCGUCAAGCUAUCAGCCGACUUGAGCAUGUCACCUUUAUCUGGUACACCCAUAUACAUAGGACAACCUUGAUUUUUCUCCCUCGCCACCCGUUCCAAUCUCAACAUCUCUGUUCACUUCCUGUUGCAGGGGCUACCGGUAGCUUCUCAAGGCAGCAAGAUCCGCGUCCUAUCGAUGAUGUCGUACUCAAUAAUGCCUUUAUGCCUCUCUUUCUUUUUCUUGAGGGACGCGCUAAGGACUGGAUGAACGGGCUUCAGCGAUUAAGAGCGACAAGGCCAUGUGUCUUCAGAUUCGCAUAUGCAACCAGCGCACUUCGUACGCGAUAUAUUAUAGAUGGAGCGGGCGCUAUGGAGUACCUCAAGGACGAAGAGGAAAGGUGGCGAAAGUGUUUUGAAAUCUCAACUAGGUUACUCUCUAGAGAAUCGCAACCCAUGAACGAGGUCCCCAAGCAGCUUGAACACCAACUUCAAACUGCAUUUGGGUUUUGGACCGUUCCCCUCGAGUCUCAUAGUCCAGUUGCUAAGGACUAUUCACACCAACCAGUCUUCCCGAAAACCUACCAACCAGAGCUAUGCUUAUUUCAUUUAUGA